GGAUGUACAUUGCUCACUGUGGAGUUUGGUUGGGCACGCGCAGACAGGGAGAAGUUGCAGGUCGUCCAGUUGGCAAACUGACGAAGUUUUCUUCGGAAACUUGAAGGCUCAAAACAAAACCACUAUGACUUCGACGAACAUGUUUCAGGGGUUGGCUACUGGUGCAAAAACAAGUUCAAGGGUGUUGCAGCCUCCUGGAGGUGGCUCCAGUAACCUUUUUGGUGGCUAUGAAGAUGACGCUGCAGCAUCGAGAAGACCAAAUAGGAUGGCCUCUAAAGUUUUUGCUUCUCCAGAGGAGUCCCAGACUGUAACCAAACGCUCCAACCCUCCAGGUGGUAAGAGUAGCGGAAUAUUUGGGGAACCCGAUCCUCCAGCCCAGCAACAGAGACCCGUACCUCCUGGUGGACCAACCAACAACAUAUUCGGUGCUGAAGAUGGUGCGUCUGGCCAGAGCCGAAGCCACCCAAAUAAGCCAAAGGACAAUCUAAGUGUGGGACCUGAACCCGAAUCAUCACCACCCCCCAAAGCCAUGGUCAGCCAACCUGAGGUGAAGGAGAAAACUGCUCCCAUGCCAGCAAAGGAAGAGCCUGCUCCUGUCCCAGCCUGUCCAAAACCUGAGCCUGAGCCCGAGCCCAAGCCCAAGCCCCCUUCUUCCUCAACUCCUGAUGAGGCUGGUGAGAGGAAGAACCACGAGCCUCAUCUGGGACCCAAGCAUCGCUCUCACAACCGGGUCCUCAACCCCCCUGGAGGAAAGUCUAGUGUGGUAUUCUACUGAUCAGCUGAACACACCUCUCCUCCCUUUACUGUCCAUACACUUCUUGUCUGCUCCUCUGUCAAUCUUCUCUCAUUCCACCACCCCUCUCCCUACGGUUAUUUCACCUGUACAUCUAAGCAGAGCAGGAUUUUUAGUUCUUCAUAUUCCUAUUCAGAUAGGAUGUCCUCAACUUCUUGCACUUUCAGCCGUAUUGCUGGAUUCCAGCUCUUUGUCCAUUUAUUCAUAUUCUUCUUCAAUGAAACCUGCAAAUCAUUCAAUCUGAUCAAUCAACAGGCUAGCUAUGACCUAAUCACUUAUACUGUGACACUGUUCAAUCUCAAUAUUGCGGUUACUUUUUUCUUUGUUUGGAAAUGUAGUUCAAGGCACAGUUUGUCAUUUCGAAAACGCUUUUGCAUCUCAAGAAUGGUUAAGACAAUGGAGUGCUUGUACAAUGUUCAGCUUUACACUCGUAGAUAAAAGUUAUUUGGUGUAAUGAAAAUCCUUGCGUAAAAAUGCAAAGCAGACAUUUGUCGAAAUUUUAAGGUUGUGAUGUUUUAAUGCCUAAAAUGUUGGCGUUCAAUCAGGAGGAUCUCACCAAUGUGGUAUGUUAAAUGUUUCAGGGAGUUCCACUAGUGCCAUCUUUUUAUGGGUUGCCUUAUUAUUAUUAUUAUUAUUAUUAUUAUUAUUAUAAUAACUAUUAUUAUUAUUAUUAUUAUUAUUGUAUGACUACAUAAAACCUUUUGUUUGGCAGUUUUACCAAAUAAUACAUGUGUUGGAAUAUGACUAUAUAAUCGAAGCCUUAUCUCAGCAUCUUUUCAUCUUUCUUGCCUUCUUAUUAAUAAUCUCUUUAUCUCAACAUGUGUCUAACAUUAAAGAUCUGCUGUCAGAGCACACACUCUGUUCAGGGAUGGAUGCCAAAAAUUGACUUUGAAACUAAGAUGAAUACAACUGUUUACUCCCAAAUGUUUCUGCUUCCUUUAAAGAAAAUUCCAUUUUGAUUGUAUGUGGAUGUAUUGCGCAGGUACUUUCUGCUUUGUCUUCAUUGCUUGCUUUAUCUGAGAACAUGCCUUUUUCAGCUUGGGGUAGGCCUCUGUUUAUGUUUUAAAUUAAAACGGCUGAAGACAAGUGAACUCUGGACAAGCUUGUGGCCUACCUGAGUCCAGGUGGGCUCAUUGAUGAUCACCUUUUCACCCACUUCAUGAUGCACAUCCAUGGUAUUCUGGUGCCCGCCUGCCCCCAUAUGUUGAUGUGCCUGGCAGGCAAUGAGCGCAGAAGAAGAAAAUCCUGUGUAUCGCAAAUAAAACUGUUGUUUUGCAUUUAAA